GUACACUCAAAAAAGUGAACUCUGUGAGUUGUUGAAUUAAAUAAAUGAUCCUAUAUUACAUUUAAUUAACAUUUCUGUGUUUGGUUUUAAAACCAAGUCCACUUUAAUAAGUUUAACUUAAAAUGAAAACUUCUCAAAGCAAAAGAAGCCAGCUAAGUAAAUUCAACAUAACACUGUUGAGUGAAUUGCACAAUCAAACUAAGAAUGCUCUAGAUGGCUUUCUGCGCAUGCUCAGAAGCUGAUUCCACAAACUCCACUGUUGCUGUGUGCAAAUUGGCGGGCGAAUGUGUUCUCGGUCAAGAUCUUACCCUGCUUUCAUCAAAUGACAUAUCUCUGUCUGACAGAGCUCCUGGUAGCAAGCGAGUGAGUGAGUGGGCGACCAAGAGUGAGGGAGCUCCGUCAGGACCGGUCAGGACAGACUGCGCUGAUCACUCAGAACUGAGUCAGCAUUUGCAAAGGAAUAUAGCUCUGUGUGUCUUCCAUACAUUUGUGAGCUUGAGGACUGGACAGUCUGCAUUUGUUUGUGGCUCUUCAGUAGUGGUAGAAGCAGAGUUUACUCGCAUCACCACUGUACCACUGAGAUCGAAAUUCAUGCAACAGCUGGAUCAUCAUUCUACACGGCUGAUUACAAUCUUCAAAAGAAAAGGAGGAGCAGCAGGGCGGAAAAUAAGGACUAUCAUGGCAGACUUGGAUAAGAAUGAUGCUGUUGAAACAAGAAGAGCCUGUGUACUGAAAGCACUAAUGGUUUACCUCAAUGAAGACCCUGAAAAUCUCAUAAGAGAGUACAUGGAUGUUGAAGACAACCAGGAGGCUAUGGACCAGACAGUCCUGGGAAUCUUUGCCAUAAAGAUGGAAGGUGCAGAGUCUACAGAUGGCCUGGCAGAUGUUGGAAUAAUCAUUGAAGGUGUGGAAGUGCUCCAUGACCUUGAUAACACUGCAAAUGCAGUCGCCAUUUUGUUUGGCCUCAUGUACUCACUGGACCUGAGCUAUCCAACAAACCUGAAGUACACAUUUGAGGUUCUGCAAAAACUUGUGAUGGAACUAGAUGGCAACAAACUUUCAACAAAGGCUCAAGUGCUAAAGAACAAACUAUUUGAAGGAACAUUUUAGAGUGUAGUGCUCCUGAGCAGCACAGAGGAAACUUGGAGGACAAAUUCCAUCCCAAACCAUCUGGCAGAAAACUGAUUUUUGGAUCUGCAUGUUGAACUGUGAACUGUGAAGAGUGGAUCAGAUGCACUAAAUGUUUAACAGAGUUGAGAAAAUGUUUACAAAAAGAGACAAUAA